GUCUUGCCGAUUACUCUUUAUGUGAAUUUUAACGAACCAUUUAAAGUAACUAGCGGAAAAUGUUGCCUAAAUUUAAACUUUGUGGUUUGUGAAUUGCUGAUUUGGAUCACUGAAAGUGCCCAGUGGCGUGCAUCCUGCAACUUUUUUACUUUUCAUAAACCGUUAUUGACAGUUGCAAAGCUUUUUAUUACUUAUUAAUAACCACCCAAUUGCGGUGCAAGAUUCCGUUUUGGCUCCUCUUAAUUAUUUGCACAAUUGUAUCUGUUUGCUGGCCUUUGGUGGUCAUGCUCCGAAUUUUGAAAGCUUCUCUAAAACUACGCCUCUGCCUAAACACAUGUUAGGUUAAGUUUACAUUCCAAAAAUGUAUCCAAAACCAAAAUCGAGGAAUACUAAAGUAAAAAAGAAGAAUAAAGUACAUUUAAUAUUCGACGAAACUAAGCGCAGGGAGUUCCUCACGGGGUUUCAUAAACGAAAGUUAGAACGGAAGAAGAAGGCGAAAGAAAAGUUUGAGAAACAGCUCAAAGAAGAAAAAAAGCGUCUAAAAGCCGAGGCCCGAGAGUCCUAUAAGAAGUUAGUCAAAUCGUACGCGCCGAUACCCGAAGUCGAAGACCUAUUCUCGAAGGAGUACGACGAUAGCGAAGUCAAUGUAAAAAUAACGGAAAUAUCGGCGAACGAGCUUACGAAGACCAAUGACUGGAUCGGCGCAAAUCAACCUACGUAUGAGUCAGACCAGGAAGAAGCUGAUUCUGAUGCUGUGGGCGAUGAUCAAGAGCUACUGCCAGGUAUGGAGCUCGAUUUGAAACCGAGCAAGCGCGAGAGUCGUGACGAAGCUGUGGAAAUUCUUUCUAAAAAAGAUAUUAAGAAGAUUUUAAAGAAGAAGGCGACCAAAAACGUGCAGAAAAGCAAAACUUUCCAGAAGAAAGGGAGGAUGGAGCAACAAAAACAGAAACAUGAAACCGCACUGCGGAAGAGACAAAAUUUGAAACAUAAAAAGAAAAAACGUGUAAAUAAGUGAUGUAAUAAAACUUUUUGUUGUUAGA